CAGAGUGCGGGACAGCCCGGCUUUUCACGCACAAAGGGAUGGUUUGUUUGUCUUUUAAAAAGCCGUUGAUGUUCAACCUUUUAUACACGGCGAAGGGCGUUUGUAUUUUCAACUACGUCCAUUUUUCUUCGUUUCCUUGUGGAAAUGCGGCAGAUUCAUUUAGAGUACCGGUAAAGGGAUAAGAAACAAAGUGUUCUCUGAAUACACUAAUUCGCUGCGAUGUGCACGAAUGGCGCUGCUGGUCAGGAACUGGUGGAUUCCUUACCGGCAAAUUAUGAAGAAGAGCGCUGUGAGCUUCUGAUUCAGUAUUAUAACCGCUCCGAUUCGCUGGAUACGGGAAAUAGUAUUAUUUAUUCGCAAUAUGUUUCCGCCGUCUGCUAUCCAAUUCUGCUGCUUUUAUGCACAAUUGGGAAUUUCUUCAAUGUUAAGGUCCUGUUGAAGUAUCCCCGCAGGAAUGCCAAGGAGACGUUACUACUAUGCUUGGCCUUAUCCGAUUUGCUGGUUAUGUGGUUUGCCCUCCCGAGGUACCUUAAUCUUCAUCGAUCGGUUCUGGGCAUUGAAGUGCAGCCGAUGGAAUUCUUGGGGAUUACAAUGGGGGUCUUCACGUGGCUGCAAUACACUUUUCAAUACGUCUCCGACUGGCUGCUGGUGUUGUUUUCACUGGAGAGGCUGGCCGGAUUCCGAUUUCCCACUCAGCAUCAUGUGUGGCGCACUCGUACCCGCGGCAUUGCCGGUGCCUUUUGCGGUUUAAUUAUCCUUUCGGCGUUAUUGACGUGCGAGACAGUCCCGUAUUAUUACAUUAAUAUCUGGAGACCAGCCGUAGCCGCUAUCAAAGCUGAGGAUCCCGGAUCAUGUGCAAUGUCUUCCGGCGCCGGCCAGAUUACUGCCCCGCAUUGGCUGGAUGUGUGGGAAAGUGUGCAGCAUAUUGUUGAUAUGGUACUGCCCAUUCUUAUCUCUGGUUUGCUGUUUUUCCUGAACACCUGGCUGAUAUGCCACAUUAAACGGCACAGUUGGCAGGAGGAUGACGGCGGCAGUACGGCCUCCGAUUACACCUACGUCCGCAACAGCUCCACAAAAGGCUCCAUAAUAACACGCCAUACGAAAAUCUGCGCUAAGCAGGCUAAAACCAAAAUCAACCGGAUGCUGCUGGGCGCUGUCAGUAUGUACUUUAUCACACAGCUUCCGGUCGUCCUCCUCAAUCUCAUCGGACUAAGUCUGUCAGCACAGCCGUACUGCCGUUUCGAUUUCUUCAUACGGCCGUAUUUACAGCCCAUCAUCUGGACGAUUGCACUGGUUAAUUACUCGGGAAAUUUUCUUGUCUAUUUCGGGGUAUCCCACACAUACCGCCGGAUUUUCCACCAGCUGUUCACCGACAAGAAAGCCAAAGCCCGCUCACGCACCACCCGCCCGGGGCUGGCGGAAUGGCAGGCGCUGAUGCAGGUCAAUCAGCAGCCGGCCGGUGUGCCGCCGCAGACCGAAUGGGCCAAUAUGGCUGUGUAUAAUAAUACCAGCUGCAGCGGCGGACGGAAGCCGCGCAAUGAUUCCCUGUCGCUGGGAUUGAAACGGCGAUCCGCUGGGGACUCUCAAGAAUCACUUGAGCAUACUGUCGAGGGAAAAAGCAGUAAAGUGCGAUUUAGUAUGGAGGAUUAAGCGCGCUGUCUUUACUAGUGGCACCGUGUAAUAUGCACGCUCCGGCGCUAUGCAAUCCUUGCAUAUGCACAAUCGAUUUGGUCAGCGAGAAAAUGCCCCGUUCAAUGGCUUAUUAAAGGAAACCAUUAUGCAAAUAUACGGCUGACAUUCGGUUUUUCUCUCUGAUCCCGAACAAAUACCGGAACGGAGGGAUAACAUUCGUUUAACAUGGUGUUGAUUUAAGGAACCGGGGAGAUGUGAGGCUGUUUGUGAUGGAAAUGCCUUGUGAGGUUUUGUAAACAUUUUUUUAGAAAUGCUGCGGGUUUACUUGGUACAGCUAUUAUCUUGCGUUCUAAGACGUUGUAAUCCUGUACGGGACUUGCUAAAAACAUGAGUUUGCCUUUGUUGUAUCUUUCAUACAGAGAUUAUCCGCUGGUACCGAUAUCCUUUACAUCCGUACUCGAUCUGUAUUGUGGCAUAGAAGUACGCAAUGGUUGUUUUAUUUCCGUUUGGAGGAGACAUAUUUUUAGCAAUAACAGCACAUUUUUAUAUUAAUAACGUUAUUGUUAUUAUUUAACCAGAUUAAGUAUUAGAUAUACGUCUUUUAAGACGUG